AAAGAGGCGCGACCACCUUCUGUAUACCCCAAUUGUAGGGCUGCAAAUUGGAACUAGGGUUCAUUCUCGGCUCCCAAUUAAACAAUCUCCAAAUUGAACUCAAUCGGGAGAAAAAUUCGAUGGCGACGUCCUUCGAUCUAUGGGAGAAAGAUCCCUUCUUUUCCGCAGCCGAGGAGGUUCAAGAAUCUGCUGACAGGAUGGAAUCAAUUUAUAGGCAAUGGGUUCAAGAAAAGAAGUUGGAUUCAAACCCCUCUUCUAAUCUCUCCAAGGACCUUCGAACCGCGCUAGGCACUGCAAAAUGGCAGCUUGAGGAGCUUGAAAGGGCGGUUAAAUCAAAUGGUGAGGAGUUUUCUGUUGGAAAGUCAACAAAAGCUCGGCGUAACCAAUUUGUUUUAGCAAUUGAAAAUCGGAUAUCUAUUGUAGAGAAUUCUUUAAAAGAAUCGAAUCUCAGUGAGGGGGAGAGUCCUCUGUCUUGGGUUCGACUAAAUGAAGGGGAAAGAGAUGAACUUGCUCUCUUUUUAACAGGUUCUGAGGAAGAAAAAGAAAAAGGGUCAGAUUUUCAAUCUUUUGAUUCUCUGAAGAAUUGCGCAAAGUCUGCCAGCCCAGUUAAUGAGGUCUUGCAAAUUUCAGCCUCUAGUGAGGAUGACAUUUCUCGUAGAAUGUUGAAUGAACAAUCUAAUUUUCUACCGCCGAGGAAGCUUAGCUUCUCAGGGCCAAAGAGUGAACAUUUCAAUGCUAAAAUGAAUCGGUAUUGGAAUGGGUUAAUGAAGUGGAGGCAUGGGCACGAAUAUGAAGAAACCAUCCCAUUACAAGAUCAACAAUUGAAUCGGAGGAUUAAUGCAUGUUAUGAAGGAAGUAAGAGUUGUCUUGGUAGUUGUGGGGAUGAGACCUGUGAUAAGCAGCUUAACGGAUGGGUUGGUGCUAUCCAGAGACAACUUCAAAGAUCUCAGUACCAAAUUCAAUAUGCUCACCCUAAACGAAUGAUUGCUUGGUGCUUACUUGUAGUUCUUUUGAUUGCUAUAAUAAUGUUGAGUUCGAGAUAAAGGAACCAUUUUGUUGGUAAAUUUCUUCUACAUUGGUGUACUAUAUAGACGUGAGAGCAGAUCUCUAGUACUCUGGAAGAUGAUUAAGGUAUUUGCAUUUGCCUUUUUGUUUGCUUAUGAAGAGUCCACCAAUGCCGUAUGGUUAGUGACCCCAGCAUACACAACCAGAUAGGCGUUUUUGCUAUGGUUGGGUUGUUCAUAACUUAUCAGGAACUGGAUACGCAUUACUCAGAGGUCUGCUUAACAAUGAGGAAUCUGUACUCCAAUGUUGAUCCUAUUAUCUCUGAGGUCUGAGCAUAUAGGUUGACUUUAGCCAAACUGAUCGGUGUAAUUUUUUAGAGGUAAUACUUGUAUAUUGUGUUGCAGUUGUUAUAUGUUCUUGUCAAUUCCUGUAAACUCUUGCAUUUGCUUGUGAUUGUAUUGUCCCAAAAGGGAUAUGAGCAAUGUAUUGAGAUUUAUAACAAUCUUCUCUCUUGUUAAGGAUUGGGUGUUUGUGUUUGUUGGGAAAAAGAUGGAAAAGAUUAUGUUGUC